AUGGCUCCGCAAGCGGUUGGAAGCACGCCGGAGAAAGACUCAAGCUUGGAAGCAACAUUUGAUGAACGGAACACUUCGGGGGUGGGCCUUGCCCUCGAAAGACGUAUCACCGAUCUCGCCAGGACAUUCACACGCAACAGCGUUGCCUCUCUCCCACGGGACCAUGCGAAUCCCUUCUUCUCCGGUGACCCGACUCUGGACCCGGCCUCUCCGCUCUUCGAUCCGAAGCACUGGGCCAGCGCGUUGCUCAACGAAUUCUCCAAAGAUCCCGAGAAGUUUCCGAGGCAUACUGUAGGACUGAGCUACCGCGAUGUUGGCGUCUAUGGAUAUGGCAGCUCGACAGACUACCAGAAGAACGUGCUCAACGUUAUGUGGCGAGGGCCACAAAUCGUUAAAGAGUGGGUCUCAAGCCGGCGGCAGCGAGUUCAGAUUCUGAAGGACUUUGACGGCUUGGUGAAGAGGGGUGAGAUGUUGUUGGUGCUUGGGAGGCCAGGCAGUGGUGUGUCGACACUUCUAAAGACCAUCGCUGGCCAAACUCAUGGACUCCAUCUCGAAGAAAAGUCUCACUUCAACUAUCAAGGAGUACCUGCACACAUCAUGCACGACCGCUUCCGUGGCGAGGUCGUCUAUCAAGCGGAGACUGAUGUUCACUUCCCUCAACUCACCGUGGGCCAGACACUGCUUUUUGCUGCACUAGCGAGGACGCCAAGAAACCGCCUUCCAGGCGUGUCCCGAAAGCUCUAUGCCCAGCACCUGCGCGAUGUGGUCAUGGCAAUGUACGGUAUCUACCACACGAUGGACACUCGUGUGGGCAACGACUUUAUCAGGGGCGUCAGCGGAGGAGAGAGGAAGCGAGUCAGCAUUGCCGAGGUGACUUUGAACCAGAGCGCGAUCCAAUGCUGGGACAACAGCACGCGAGGGUUGGAUAGUGCGACUGCUCUCGAGUUCGCCCGGAUCCUGAGGCUCUCGACAGAGUUUGGCGAGACGGCGGCCGUGGUGGCCAUGUAUCAGGCUUCACAACCAGCUUACGAUACCUUCGACAAAGUUGCUGUUCUAUACGAAGGGAGGCAAAUCUACUUUGGGAACAAGGACUCUGCAAAAGCCUACUUUACUGAUCUUGGCUAUCACUGCCCAGACAGACAGACAACAGCCGACUUUCUUACCUCGCUAACCAACCCAGCCGAGCGCAUCGUUCGUCCCGGGUAUGAGAACAAGGUACCUCGGACACCAGAUGAAUUCGCCCAGGCUUGGAAAGUGAGCGAGGCAAGGGCACAGCUGUUGGAAGAGAUCCGGACUUUUGAGGAGGAAUUCCCUCUGGAAGGCGAACAAGUAGAGAAGCUGGAAUCUGUGAGAAAUGCCAGGAAGUCAUCAUUAGUGACUUCGAAAUCGCCUUACACGCUGUCCAUUCAUCAGGAGGUGCAGCUUUGCGUAAGCCGAGGCUUGCAGCGACUGCUUCAGGAUAAGACGUUCUUCAUCAUUACCAUCCUCGGCAACCUUGUCAUCUCUCUGGUUCUUGGCAGCGUCUUCUUCAACCUACCCCCGACCGCCGACAGCAUGAACAGUCGAGGUGUCUUGUUGUUCUUUGCAAUUCUCUUCAACGCUCUCAGUAGUGCGCUCGAGAUCCUGACUCUCUAUGCCCAGCGGCCCAUCGUGGAGAAACACGCCAGAUACGCGAUGUACCAUCCCUUUUCCGAAGCCAUAUCGUCCAUCAUCUGCGAUCUCCCGUCCAAGUUCCUAUCGACCGUGGCCUUCAAUGUGCCUCUGUACUUCAUGGCCCACCUUCGUCGUGAUGCUGGCCACUUUUUCAUUUAUCUUCUGUUCGGGUUUACCUGCACGCUCACCGUCUCCAUGAUGCUGCGGACCAUCGGCCAGACCUCGCGCACUAUCCAUCAAGCUUUGACACCGGCCGCAAUCUUCAUCGUGUCACUUGUCAUAUAUACGGGCUUCGUCCUCCCGACGCGCAGCAUGCAAGGCUGGCUGAGAUGGAUCAACUAUGUCAACCCUAUCGCCUACGCGUAUGAGAGUCUCAUGGCAAACGAGUUCAGCGGCCGCUCGUUUCCCUGCACCCAAUUGAUCCCUAUGGGGCCCCCAUAUGUCAAUGCCACACCCUUGGAGCGGACCUGCUCUUCCGCUGGCGCAGCCCCAGGAGAGGACUUUGUCCGUGGUGAUACUUUGAUCAAUCUUUCUUACGGCUAUUACCACUCUCACAUCUGGAGAAAUUUUGGCAUACUUAUUGGCUACAUCGUGUUCUUCACCGCGACCUAUCUGCUCGCUGCCGAGUAUAUCUCCAUGGAUACGAGCAAGGGCGAAGUGCUCAUCUUCCGCCGUGGUCACGGAGCCAAACCUUCAGAGAAGAGCACUCAGGAUGAAGAAUCGGGCACACAAGAAUUGAGGCUGCCGUCUGCGACGCCCAAUUUGACAGACGAUGAGACUUUGGAUAUUCAGAGGCAGGAAGGCAUCCUUCACUGGAGAGACCUUUGCUACGACAUCACCAUCAAAGGGCACGAGCGGCGGAUUCUGGACCACGUCGAUGGCUGGGUCAGACCUGGUACCUUGACUGCUCUGAUGGGGGCUACUGGGGCUGGAAAGACAACCCUGCUGGAUGUACUUGCCAACCGGGUCAGUGUCGGAGUGGUGGCUGGCGACGUGUUUGUCAACGGAUACCCUCGCGGCAACGCAUUCCAACGACAGACGGGAUACGUACAGCAGCAGGACCUCCACCUCGAAACCUCGACCGUCAGAGAGGCCCUCCGUUUCAGCGCCGCUCUUAGGCAACCGUCAACAGUUCCACUCGAGGAGAAGAAUGCUUAUGUGGAGGAAGUCAUUCGCCUUCUCGGCAUGGAGGAGUACGCAGAGGCCGUGAUCGGUGUGCCUGGCGAGGGCCUGAACGUGGAGCAGCGCAAGCGGCUCACCAUCGGAGUCGAGCUAGCCGCCAAGCCAGCCUUGCUCCUCUUUCUCGAUGAACCGACCUCGGGCCUCGACAGCCAAACAGCCUGGUCUAUCGCAUCGCUUAUUCGAAAACUCUCCGACAAUGGCCAGGCCAUUCUCUGUACGAUCCAUCAGCCUUCAGCUCUCCUGUUUCAACAGUUUGAUAGGAUCCUGCUCCUGGCUAAAGGCGGCAAGACUGUGUACUUUGGGGACAUUGGGCACAGUUCCCGCACCUUGAUCGAGUACUUCGAGAGGCAGGGUGGUGAGAAGUGCGGCAUUGACGAUAACCCGGCCGAGUGGAUGCUCAAGGUAAUCGGAGCAGCUCCAGGAGCGCACACCGACCAUGACUGGCACGAGGUUUGGCGGCAAAGCCCCGAGUACCGUCUCGUAUGCAGAGAGCUGGAGUCGCUCGAGGCGCUCAGCCUGACGACCGAGAACCCGGAGCGCGGCCAUGACCUGGAGACGUACGCGGCGCCUUUUCAUCUCCAGCUGGUUGAAGUCACCAAGCGGGCCUUUCAACAGUACUGGCGCACGCCGUCAUACAUCUACUCCAAACUGAUUCUCUGCGGAGGAACUAGUCUGUUUAUCGGAGUCUCCUUCUACAAAGCCGAGCUCACCAUCUCGGGCAUGCAACAUCAGAUGUUCUCCAUCUUCAUGCUGAUGGUCAUCUUUGCCUUUCUCGUAUACCAGGCCAUGCCACACUUCAUCAAGCAACGCGACCAGUUCGAGGUAAGGGAGCGCUCAUCCAAGACGUACUCGUGGUAUGUCUUCGUCAUAGCCAAUAUUGUGGUCGAGCUGCCCUGGGCUACCGUGGCGUCCCUCGUCAUCUUCUUUCCUUUCUACUACUUGGUCGGCAUGUACGAAAAUGCCGUCCCGACAGACGCUGUGCAUGAGCGCGGCGCCUUGAUGUUUCUCCUGAUGUGGUCUUUCAUGAUAUACCAGAGCACCUUCACGGAUAUGAUUGUGGCUAGCAUUCCGACGGCCGAAGUGGGAGCAACCCUUGCCCUGCUACUCUUUGCCAUGUCGUUGAUUUUCUGCGGAGUCAUGGCUCCCCCCAGCGCCCUACCAGGAUUUUGGAUAUUUAUGUAUCGCGUGUCGCCCUUUACCUAUCUCAUCGGAAGCAUGCUAUCCACCGGCAUCGCCAAUGCAGAGGUCCACUGCUCGCAGCUGGAGCUCCUCCGGUUCAACCCACCCUCGGGUCAGACUUGCGGCGAAUACAUGGCGGCGUUUGCGCAGAUGGCUGGAGGUGCGGUGUAUAACCCGUCUGCAACGCAGGCAUGCGAGUACUGCCCGAUGGCUAGUACCAAUGUGUUCCUCUCCUCAGUCGCGGUUUCGUUUGGUGAGAGGUGGCGCAACUUUGGCAUCAUCUGGGCCUACAUCGCCUUCAAUGUGGGUGGCACGGUGCUGGUGUAUUGGCUCUUCCGGGUGCCGGGGCGACGUGCAACUCUGAACGUGCUUCACUGCCUUGGGGCAGUACAGCAGAAGCUGGGAGGGCUGCGAAGGGCUGCGUAG